AUGGUGUGCAAAAAGUGCGAAAAGAAACUGACGGCAUUGGCUGCGCCUGAUAAGUGGAAGGAAGGUUCCAACAACACCAAAACUGGCACUGAGGGACGGAAGCUCAAUCAGAACAAAUUACUGUCAAAAUCAGCCAAGCUGCGAUUUUCGCCAUACGAAACCAAAUGCAAGUUGUGCAAAACCAAAGUGCAUCAAGACAAAGCUAAUUACUGUCAAGCCUGCGCCUACAAGAAAGGCAUUUGCGCCAUGUGCGGCAAACAAGUACUCGACACAAGCGCAUACAAGCAGUCAUCCAAAUAA